AUGGAGGAGGGAAGGCUGCGCUUCCGGAGACAAAGGCAAGUCCUGUUUAUCUUUCUACUUUGGGGAGUGUCGCUGGCACGGUCUAGGUUUGGACUUUAUUCAGUAACAGAGGAAGCAGACAGAGGAUCGUUUGUGGUCAAUUUGGCAAAGGAUCUGGGGCUAGCAGAGAGGGAGCUGGCCGCAAGGGGUGCUCGGGUGGUCUCUGAUGAUAACAAACAAUACUUGCUCCUGGAUUCUCAAACCGGGGAUUUGUUCACAAAUGAGAAACUAGACCGGGAGAAGCUCUGCGGCUCCACAGAGCCCUGUAUGCUACAUUUCCAAAUUUUAAUGGAUAACCCCAUUCAAAUUUACCAAGCUGAGCUAAGGAUCAGAGAUCUAAAUGACCAUUCACCAGUGUUUCAGGACAAAGAGAUGGUCUUAAAAAUACUCGAAAAUACAGCAGAAGGGACAACAUUUCAACUAGAAAGAGCACAGGAUUCAGAUGGAGGACUUAACGGAAUCCAAAAGUACACCAUCAACCCCAACUCUUUCUUCCAUAUUAAAAUUACUGACAGUGACGAAGGCGUGAUAUACCCAGAGCUAGUGUUGGACAAAGCAUUGGACUGGGAGGAGCAGCAGGAGAUCAGUUUAACACUCACAGCGCUGGAUGGCGGAUCUCCACCGAGAUCUGGGACCACUACUAUACGCAUUAUAGUCGUGGACAUUAAUGAUAACGCCCCACUGUUUGUGGAAGCGCUGUACGAGACCCAGGUUAAGGAGAAUAGCCCCAUAGGGUCCUUCAUUGUUAAGGUUUCCGCAGAAGAUGUAGACUCCGGCGUCAAUGCGGAAGUCUCCUAUUCAUUUUUUGAUGCCUCUGAAGAGAUUAGAACAACCUUUCAAAUCAAUCCUUUUUCUGGGGAAAUCGUUACUAGAGCGUUACUUGAUUAUGAGCUAAUACAAUCUUACAAAAUAAAUAUACAGGCAAUAGAUGGUGGGAGCCUUUCUGCAAGAUGUACGGUUUUGGUUGAAGUACUGGACACGAAUGACAACCCCCCUGAACUGAUCAUGUCAACACUUUCCAACUACAUUCCUGAGAACUCUCCUGAGAUGACACUGGCUGUUUUUAGGAUUCGGGACAGAGACUCUGGAGAAAAUGGAAAGAUGGCUUGCUACAUACAAAACGAUCUGCCGUUCCUACUGAAACCCUCUGUGGAGAAUUUUUACGUUCUAAUGACAGAGAGAGCACUUGACAGAGAAAGCAGAGCCGAGUACAACAUCACCAUCACCGUCACGGACUUUGGGAAACCAAGGCUGAAAACACAGCACAACAUAACCGUGUUGGUCUCCGAUGUCAACGACAACUCCCCGUCUUUCACCCAAACCUCCUACACCUUGUUCGUCCACGAGAACAACAGCCCUGCCCUACUUAUGGGCAGCGUUAGCGCCACGGACAGAGACUCAGGCACCAACGCUCAAGUCACCUACUCGCUGCUGCCACCUCAGGACCCGCACCUCCCCAUCGCCUCCCUGGUCUCCAUCAACGCGGACAAUGGGCACCUGUUCGCUCUGAGGUCGCUGGAUUAUGAGGCCCUGCGAGCCUUCGAGUUCCGCGUGGGUGCGGUCGACGCAGGCUCCCCUGCGCUGAGCAGUGAGGUGCUGGUGCGGGUGGUGGUCGUGGACGAAAACGACAACUCGCCCUUCGUGCUGUACCCGCUGCAGAACGGCUCUGCGCCCUGCACCGAGCUGGUGCCCAGGGCGGCCGAGGCGGGCUACCUGGUGACCAAGGUGGUGGCAGUAGACAACGACUCCGGCCAGAACGCCUGGCUGUCCUACCAGCUGCUCAAGGCCACAGAGCCCGGGCUGUUCAGAGUGUGGGCGCACAAUGGCGAGGUGCGCACCGCCAGGCUCCUGAGCGAGCGCGACGCGACCAAGCACAGACUCGUCGUGCUGGUGAAGGACAAUGGUGAGCCCUCAAUGUCGGCCACCGUCACACUGCACGUGCUCCUGGUGGAUGGUUUCUCGCAGCCUUACCUGCCGCUCCCGGAAGUGCCCCUGGAUGAAACCCAGGCCGACUCGCUCACCAUCUACUUGGUCACUGCGCUGGCGUCGGUUUCGACGCUCUUCCUGUUCUCAGUGCUUCUGUUUGUCGCAGUGCGGCUGUGCAGGAGGAACAGGGCCGCCUUGGUGGGUCGCUGCUCGGUGCCUGAGGGCCACUUUCCGGGCCACUUAGUAGACAUUAAUGGCACUGGGACCCUGUCCCAGAGCUACCAAUAUGAGGUGUGUCUGACGAGAGGUUCUGGGACCAGCGAAUUCCAGUUUCUUAAGCCAAUUAUUUCUUGUUAUCCUCCACAGGGCACUACUAGUGAAAUCGAGGAAAAUUCUAAUUUCCAGAAUAGCUUUGGGUUUAAUUAUUGA